GAGAGAGAGAGCGUGUGAGCGGGAGAGGGAGAGAGAGAGGAAAAGGAGAGUGCUGUCAGAGGAGCUCUGGAUUGGCUGAGCAGGAGGGGAGCGGCAGGGAGAGGGAGAGCAGGGCCACAGCAGCGUGCAGCUCGGAGGGGAGAGAAGAGGCAACGGCGACCGCGAGCGUGUGGAGCGCUGCGCCCUCAUCGGCUCUGAUCACUGAACCGGGCCCUGGGCACUGCCCCAGGCUUCCACUCCACACCGCAGCCUCCUCUGCGGACCACGCUCAGACCGGGUUCUCCUGACCGCGCUCAGACCGGGUUCUCCUGACCGCGCUCAGACCGGGUUCUCCUGACCGCGCUCAGACCGGGUUCUCCUGACCGCGCUCAGACCGGGUUCUCCUGACCGCGCUCAGACCGGGUUCUCCUGACCGCGCUCAGACCGGGUUCUCCUGACCGCGCUCAGACCGGGUUCUCCUGACCGCGUUCAGACCGGGUUCUCCUGACCGCGUUCAGACCGGGUUCUCCUGACCGCGCUCAGACCGGGUUCUCCUGACCGCGUUCAGACCGGGUUCUCCUGACCGCGUUCAGACCGGGUUCUCCUGACCGCGCUCAGACCGGGUUCUCCUGACUGCGCUCUCACUGUACAUCUCCAGCCAUGAACUACCUGCGCCGCCGCCUCUCUGACAGCACCUUCAUGUCCAACCUGCCCAACGGGUACCUGAGCGACCUGCAGAGGCCGGAUCCCCAGCCGCCUCCUCCCGGAUCCGGCCCCGCCACGUCCCCCCAGCCGGCCCCAGCGUCCGGAUCCAGCUUCUUUAGCUCCAUCACCAACGUGGUGAAGCAGACGGUGGCGUCGGCAGGCCUGGUGGAGCAGGUGAGCCCCCCGGAGGGCCCGGCCGUGUCACCGAGCCAGGACACGCAGGCCGAGGGCUUGCCCAACCAGGAGAAACGGGCGGCCAAGUCGCCCAGCCAGGACGAGCAGGCGGAGGUGAAGCGGGCGGGGGCGCCGCCUGGCCAGGCGGAGCAGGGGGGCGUGUCGGUGGGCCCGGGGAAACGGGCGGCUGCAUCGGUGAUGCCUGCAAAGCGACCAGCCGUGUCGGCGGAGCAGGUGAAGCAGGCCCCCGUCACACAGCCCAAGAAGUUUAAGAUCUUGCUGGUGAUCGACGAGCCGCAGCAGGACUGGGCCAAAGUGUUCAGAGGAAGAAAGGUCCAGGGAGACUAUGACAUCAGAGUGGAACAGGCGCAGUUUUCUGAGGUCACGCUGGUGUCCCACACCAAGGGCAGUGUGAACGUGCAGGUGCUCAGGAGCGGGGCCAAAGUGCACAGGUCCUUCAUUCCAGACUUCGUCCUGGUGCGACAGCACGCCUUCAGCAUGACGCAGAACGAGGAUUUCCGCAACCUGAUCAUUGGCCUGCAGUACUCUGGCAUCCCCAGCAUCAACUCCCUCAAGUCCAUCUACAACCUCUGCGACAAGCCCUGGGCGUUUGCCCAGUUAAUUAAUGCCUACAGGAGGCUGGGGCCGGAGAAGUUUCCUCUGAUUGAGCAGACCUUCUAUCCCAAUUACAGAGAAAUGGUCACGAUGCCCAGCUUCCCUGUGGUGGUGAAAAUUGGACACGCUCACUCUGGGAAGGGGAAGGUGAAGGUGAACAGUCAGAGUGACUUUCAGGACAUCGCUAGUGUGGUGGCUCUCGCCCACACCUACACCACCUCCGAGCCCUUCAUCGACUCCAAGUACGACAUCAGAGUUCAGAAGAUCGGGAACGACUACAAAGCGUACAUGAGGACCUCUCUCUCUGGGAACUGGAAGACCAACAGUGACUCUGCCAUGCUGCAGCAGGUGGCCAUGACUGACCGGUAUAAGCUGUGGGUGGACACCUGCUCGGAGCUGUUUGGGGGGCUGGACAUCUGCGCAGUCAAAGCCAUUCAUGGCAAGGAUGGCAGGGACUACGUGACAGAGGUGCUGGGGUCGUCCAUGCCGUUGAUCGGAGAGGACCAGGCCGAGGACAGACAGAUCAUCGCAGAUCUUGUUGUGGCCAGAAUGAACCAAGAAGUGUCACGGACACCUGCCCGACCUCCACAGAGACCAACCACUGUUCAGCCCAGAAAGAGCACGCCCCCACAGGAAGCCCUGGCCACUCCCAGAGUCCCGGCUCAGCGUCCAUCCCCACAAGGGGCCCCGGGGCAAACUGAAGAACCCCAACCUGAAAGAGAGGAGCCUCAGACCGCCCCUGCCCCCGCCCCCGCCCCUGCACCUGCCCCUGCUGCCGCCCCCGCCCCUGCCCCUGCCCCCGCCCCCGAGCCAGUCCCUGCUCAAGUCCCUACCCCCUCCCCCACCAAAUCUCCCUCCCCCAUUUCUCCUCAGGUCACUGCUCCUGUUCCCACCCCCUCCCCAACCAAAGCCCCCUCCCCCAUCUCACCCAAAGCCCCCUCCCCUGCUUCACCCCCUGCCCCCAUUAUUGAGCCAGUCUCCGCCCCCAUCACUGAACCAGUCCCCUCCCCCAUCACCACCACCUCCCCAAUUGCUGACCCUGCCCCCAUCCUUGAACCAGUCCCUGCUCCAAUCACUGAGCCCGCCCCCAUUAUUGAACCAGUCCCUCCCUCCAUCACUGACUCCGCCCCCAUCAUUGAACCAGUCCCUGCCCCGAUCAUUGACCUUGCCUCUAUUCUUGAGCCAGUUCCCGCCCCCAUCACAACCACCUCCCCCAUCACUGAGCCUGCCCCCAUCCUUGAGCCAGUCUCCGCCCCCAUUUCUGACCCCACCCCCAUACUGGAGCCAGUCCUUGUCCCAGACCUGGCUGAGGUCCCUGCCGCCGUUACAGAACCAGAACUCACAGCUCCUGCCCCAAUCUCCCCUCCAGUCCCUGCUCAUGACCCCACCCCCAUUCUAAUCCCUACCCCUGUCCCUGAACCCGACCCCGCCCCUGUCACUGCCCCCGCCCCCAUCUCCCCCCCGCUGCCUGCUCAGGACCCCACCCCUGUUCUCAUCCCCAUCUCCACCCCCGUCCCUGAGCCCACCCCCCCUACUGUACCUGCCCCCACCACCCAGCAGCCCCAGCCUCGGGGGCAGGAGUCCCCUGUCCCGGGGAAACCUGAGGAGGUGCCUGCAAAAGCACUGCCCCCAAAACCGCUACCUCCCAAACCCAUUCCCCCCGUACGGCGCAAUUCCAAACCUCAGCUUCAGCCAAAGCCCCAGAUGUCUCCUCCACCCAAGAUCCUGCCCAAACCCCAGCUGAAGGCUCAGGAGCAGGUCCUCUCUCAGGUCCAGCCUGCAGCAGAAGCACCGCCCCAGGAUCUCCCCCCUUCUCCUGCAAAGGUCCAGCCCCAGCCUAAACCUGAACCCAAGCAAAAGCCCACACCCCAAACUCAGUCGCCACCCCUGGCUCAGGCUAAACCCCAGACCUACCCUAAGCCCCCGACCCAGCCCAAACCCCAGACUCCUCCCAAGCCCCACGUGCAACUCACCACCCAGGACCCACCUCAGCCUAAAGUGCAGGCCCAGGCCCAGCCCCAACCCCCACCCCAAUCAGAGCCCCAGCCCCACCCUAAGACACAGGUCCAGCCAGAGCCUGAGACUGAAGACUUCCAAUCUAAGCCUCAGGCUCAACCUAGUCCUCAGCCCCUGCCUAAACCCCAACCUCAGGCCCAGCCUAAGCCCCAGAGUCAGCCUAAUGUUCAGGUCCAGCCUAAACCCCAACCCCAGGCCCAGCCUAAACCCCAACCCCAGGCCCAGCCUAAACCCCAGACUCAACCUAAUCCUCAGGCUCAACCGAAACCACCGGCCCAGGCUAAACCUCCGGCCCAGGCUAAUCCUCAGGCCCAGGCUAAUCCUCAGGCCCAGGCUAAGCCGCAACCCCAAGGUCAGCCUAAGCCUCAGGGCCAGGUUAAACCUCAGGCCCAGCCUAAUCCUCAGGCCCAGCCUAAGCCACAGGCUCAGGCUGAGGCCCCCGUUGAACAGCAGCCAACAGCGCAGGGGACACCAUCACAUCCACAGCUGAAUAAGUCUCAGUCUCUGACCAACGCCUUCAACGCCAUCGGAGAGAUGUCCUUCUUCCGCUCCAGCAGCGAGGACACCGCCAAGGCCGACACCAUCAGGAACCUGCGCAAGUCCUUCGCCAGUCUUUUCUCUGACUAGUGGGAGCGUGGCGGCCGGCGGCCAGCGGCUUAGGGAAUGCUGUGUUUAACAUAAGUGUGUUCUGGUCCUGAAUCAGCCCUGUAUUCAUCCCCCUGCCUGCUCUGUUACAUAACUGUGUGUCAGUUCAGAAAUAUUGAGUGUGCUGUUGUUUUUCUGACGUUCACACGAAACUGUGGCAUCUGUUUCCGAGGCCCAGAAAGGGCGCGGUGGGCAGUUUCAUGCAGAGGUCAGACGGUAAAGUUGUUCAACGGGUGAAACUGUGCGAAAUACGUGUGUCGUGUCACUUCUUCGAUGUUGUAGCCUGAUCGUGACCGUGCGUUUACCACAGGCAAAGUGCUGUGAUUGGUGAUAGGUUCCCCGGGGUUUACCUCAUAUAUGUAUACGUAGAGAGAUCAAUUCAGGUAUGCUACUUUCAUGAGACACUGACAUUGGUUCACACUGCAAGACAAUGCAAGACCAGAAGAACUCAUACAGUCAAGUUUGUAUGGUUUUCACCGAGUGCCAAAAACGACCAGUUUUGACCCAGCCGUGGUAUUUCAGGGCCUUCAGCUGGUGUCUGGCUCCGCCCAGCCCCGCCUCUUUACCCCCGAGUGCUGAAAUCUCUCCACUCUGUUUUAACGUAGACUCUUGACAUGUUGUGUACUGUCGAGUUUAUUUUGUAGAGUAACUUUUGUGGUUCUGUUUUAUAUGAGUGUACAUUUUACAUUGUGUUUUAUUUGUAUGCAAAUACCGCUUUGCAUGAACUAGUGAAAAUUGUUUAU